AUGAGCCUCACAACCCAAGAACUGGAGAUACUCUCCACCAAGGCCAUUGACGCCAAGGCAACUGCCUACUGCCCAUACUCCAAGUUCCGCGUCGGAGCAUGCAUUCUGACUUCAUCCGGUGAAUUUAUCUCCGGUGCUAAUGUCGAAAAUGCCGCGUACCCUGUCGGUACCUGCGCAGAGCGAGUAGCUUUUGGAACUGCUAUUGUGGCUGGCCACAAGGACUUCAAGGCCCUUGCUGUCGCGACGGAUAUCACUCCUCCUGCGUCGCCCUGUGGGAUGUGCAGACAGUUUAUUCGCGAGUUCACUACGCCUUCAUUCCCCGUCUACAUGUAUGACGGCGAAGGCAAGUACAAGAUCAUGACCAUGGCCGAGCUACUACCCGACUCGUUCGGACCGGGCCACCUCACACAAGAAUGA